CAUUCAUGCUGGGCCACAAAGAUCAUAGAAAUAUCACGAUUCUCUCCCACCACUGUACUUGACACUAUGGGCUUCAUGAAUGCAAUUACUAGCGAUACCUCACCUCGAGUGACACCAAGACCCGACGAGCUUCCAGACGCAAAACGUGACGCUCUCAGGGCUUUCGAAGUUUUGAAAGAUGGCAGCGUCAUCAACGCCCCAACAAGAUGUCGGGUACGUUAUUGUGGCCGCAAACUUGGAUGCAAUCGAGCGUAUCUUUAUCGUCAAGAAGCGUAAAGAAGGACAUUCCAUGGGCGUCAUCGGAACAUACGACCUUCUCACGCGACUAUAUGAUCUCCCAGAUGGCAAAUACACUAUCGUUCGAAUAUUUACGGAAGAGUUAGGGUUGACGGUUGCUUUCGUUGGAAAGAUGAAAGAGUCAGCGGCAGAACUCAUCUCGAAUGUUGAGCGGGUUGUAACGAACGGCACUUUGGGUUUCACCGCUGGCGAAGGUCCUUUUUCAUGUGAACUUGCGCGGCUAGACGAUGAGAAUGGUUUGGUGAUGGUGGGCAGCAGUGCCAACUUGACGGAUCAAGGGCAGAAAUUUCGAGUUGAGGACAUUGAACCCGAGAUUGUUGAAGCAGCUGAUCUGGUAGUCGACUAUGGUCGGCAAAAGUGGCACUUAUAUGGAAGGGCUGGGACUAUCUUGGACUUGAUAAUGAGCGUGUAUUGCGGAUCGGGGCAAACUAUGAGAGUAUAUGGGAGAAGUUAGUUGAUUUCUUUGGAUUGAAUGUGCCAGAUGAUCCAGACUAUGAUAUGACUGGAAAGAAGACGCUUGGUUUCUCUAUCAAGUUGAGUCUGGAUAAUUGAAGCUCAUAGCACAGGGAAACAGUAAAAGAAGAUACAAUAUGAUCACAAACUCAUAAUAUUUCUAUAAAUAACAG